AUUUGUUAAUACGUGAAUUAUAUUGUGAAGUGUUAAUAAUAAUAAAUUACUGUGUUUUGAAAUAUUUGUGCAAUAUGUUUGAUGGUAGAAAAAAUCGUCAUUGCCAUACGGUUGUUGUUUACACGGCUUAAGAAUUAAUGGAGCAAAUGAUGUAAACGGUUCCUUGAAUUAUCUGGAGUAUGCAAAUUUUAAGAAAUCCUAUCUCCACGCAUGACCAAACUAUGCCUUUCAAGAGUUAAAAUAACAUUGCUGCGACCAUGUCCGGUAUUCCGAUUCCAUCGAACGGCCACCAUCAGCAGAUAGUACAGCAGCAACCACUGCUUCAACAGUAUCAAGCGCAGGUCGCACCGAAUCCAAACGCUUUGGGCCCUCCUCAGGACGGGCAAACGCAGCAACAUCACCAGCAGGUACCUCCGAGGUACCAGCCACCUCCGCAGCCACAUUCAAUUAAACAGCAACCGCUAAGGGGACACCCUAUUGUGACGCAAGAUCAAUCGAAACAGAUCAGGCCUCAGCAAACUACCAGCCAAGGGAUACCAUUGAAGGCACCGAUACAUCAGACUGGUUACAACAGUCGACUGCCUCAUCGACAGAGUCUGGUACCAUCCAGUGGAAGGGCCUCCAGUGAAGAUUUAGACCAGCGUCGAAUUCCUCCUAAUCAGCCUUCGGCUUCAUUACAUCACCAGCAAAACGACAUGCUUAAGUUUGUGUCUCGGAGGUCUCACGAGGGCGUAGACCAUGCUGUGCAGAUGCAGGGACCACCUUUACAGAGGAUUCCUAAUGCACCUAACGGGAAUGAACAAGUUCGACAGCAGCUUCAAGCUCUUGCAAAUGAAGUAAGAGCUCUUAAAGAAGCUAAUAGAAGACUGACUGAUGAUAAUCAGGAACUUCGUGACCUUUGCUGCUUUCUGGACGAUGAUCGUCAGAAGGGCAGAAAAUUGGCUCGAGAAUGGCAGAGAUUUGGCAGAUACACUGCCAGCGUUAUGAGACAGGAGGUUGCGGCAUAUCAAAGUAAACUUCGUCAGUUAGAUGAUAAGCAGCAGGAAUUAAUUAGAGACAACUUAGAAUUGAAAGAAUUGUGCCUUUAUCUUGAUGAAGAACGAUCUGCAAAUGGAGGAGCCGGCUGUAGCAGGUGCCGGUCAUCGCAAUCUGCUAAUCAGUCCAGUGGCGGUGGAUCAGGUGCUGUCUUAAGAGAUGAUGGGGAUGGGAGCAGCAGUAGUACGAAUGCUGAUGAACCUCCUCCGCCACCGCCGCUGCCGCCGCCGCACUGCUCAUCAAACGCCCCAGGAAACAACGGCGGACCGCAAACGGGCGGAAGAGAAAGAAGAGAUUUGCACUCUAGAAGUGCUUUUAGCGAUCAAACUAUGAGAUACGUACGCAGUCUUGAAUCACGCGUUCGACAACUCGAGGCAGAACGACUCGGCACUGCGCCGAUUUCCACUCAACAGAACCAGCAAAUAAACAGCGAACCAGCUUUAGCUGGUCGACCCGAGGCAGUGGUUCGGGCCUUACAAGUAUUAGAAGUAAGAGAAGGUUUGGAAUCUUCGGAAAAUCAUCAGCUAAACACUGCCUUGCUGAGUAACCACCUUCCCAUGCAUCAAGGUUACCAGUUGGACACUCAAUUGACUCAAAAUAUGGAUCAUAUGGAUGACGGCGAGAAAGCUCUGGUCAGAGAAAUGUGCAAUGUAGUUUGGAGAAAACUUGAAGAAGAUGGACCUCCAGCAUGAAGUCAAACUUUAAUGCUGAAAUAUUACUAACAAUGAUAAAGAAAUUCAAAACAGUAUUUUCGGCUUGUUUGGGAAAGGUAUGAAAUAAUUUCAUUUGAAGCUUGAAAAUGCAAUGGUCAUAUUCUUCUCCUUGUAAGCUCGGAUUAAAAUAAAUACUCAAACUUUGUCACCUAGAGUAAAAGGUUAGUAAUUUAAAAAUGAAAUAUACACGAGGUUUAACAUUUGUAAAUAUAUAUGUGAAUGCGUUAUUCAAAGCAUGCCAUUUACAAUAUUGUGCAUUGUAUUCAAAUUUACUUUAGAAC